AUGGAAGAGGGUUUCCAGAGCACGGAAGAUAAGAGUCCUCAACUGUCGGACGGGAUGGAUUAUCGGAGUAUUAUUGGAGCGCUUCUCUACAUUUACGUGUGUGCUAGGCCGGAUGUAGCAGCUAGCGUAGCGAUAUUGGGUCGUACAGAGAGUGCGCCUACGGAGGCGGAUUGGAUAGCGGCAAAACGUGUUGUCCGCUAUUUGAAGGCAACGAAAGAGUGGAGAUUGAAGUACAGCGACGCGGCUGGAAAGCUAAUCGGAUAUUCGGAUGCCGAUUGGGCUGGUGACGUUGGUACAAGAAGAUCAACAACAGGAUUCGUCUUCCACUAUGCCGGUGGAGCAGUAUCGUGGGCUAGUCGAAGGCAAAGUUGCGUCACACUGUCUUCGAUGGAAUCCGAAUAUGUGGUGCUGAGUGAUGCAAGUCAGGAACUGAUCUGGCUUCGGAGCUUGCUGAAGGACAUGGGUGAACAGCUGAGCGAUCCUGUCAAAGUGAUAAGCAAAGCUGUAUCCAGUUCGAAACGUCAGAACGCAAGGGUCGUUGGUCCAAGCACAUUGAGGUGCUGGACAUUUCGUGACGCAACUGUGUGA